AGAUGCAGAAAAGACCUCCCGAUUUCCUAGAGGGGCUGCUGCGGCCCCUCGCAGCUCUCCGCGGGCGGAGCUAUGACGUACUUCCGGCUGCGCCGGCCGCGGUGCGCGCUGAGGUGUCCCAGCGGCCCGAGCGGCUCUGACUCACGGUUUAACGUGUAGCCCUCAAGAACCAGAAAUCCACAGGAACCAACAUUCCUGCCCCACGGAAUCCUGUCUGUAGUGACAGCUGUUUCUAGAGCGCCUCCGAGAUGAAGGUGCUGGGCAUGGCCACGGUUCUGGGCCCCAGGCCUCCACAGGAGCAGGGGCCUGUGAUUGUGAAGAUUGAGGAGGAGGAAGAGAAAGGGAAGCGCCUUCCCAUGGAGAUAUUCCGCCAGCGCUUCAGGCAGUUUGGGUACCACGACACCCCUGGCCCCCGGGAGGCACUCAGCCAGCUCCGGGUGCUCUGCUGCGAGUGGCUGCGGCCCGAGAUCCACACCAAGGAGCAGAUCCUGGAGCUGCUGGUGCUCGAGCAGUUCCUGACCAUCCUGCCCCAGGAGCUCCAGGCCUGGGUUCAGGAGCACUGCCCUGAGAGCGCCGAAGAGGCCGUCACUCUCCUGGAGGAUCUGGAGCGGGAGCUGGAUGAGCCGGCACCACAGGCUUCCCCACCUCCCCGUGAGCAGAAACGGUCGUGGGAGAAGAUGUCACCCUCAGGAACGGCAGAGGAGUCCCUGAGCAGCCCGCAGCUAGAGUCUGUGGAGACCAGUCACAGAUACGAGUCUUGGGGGCCCCUCUACAUCCAAGAGACUGGUGAAGAGGAGAAGUUCACUCCAGCGCUGAGGAAGGUUCGAGAUCGUAAGUCGAAGACCCAGAAUGAGGAAUCAACAGAUAAGGAGGGAAGUUCUGAAGAAUCUCAUGCAGAAGGAUUCAGAAGGGAUACACUUCCCAUGAUUAUCGCCGAUAAAUGUGAGGCCAGGUUAGAAAGGCAGUGGGUAAAUCCAGAAAAGGAGAGAGGAACAAAAAGCCCUCUCCAAGACAAAGGUUCUGCUAAAGGUAGAGAAGUAGUGACUAAACCUGCCCCAGGAGAGAGACGUUACAUAUGUGCUGAGUGUGGGAAGGCCUUUAGUAAUAGCUCCAACCUCACUAAACACCGGAGAACACACACGGGGGAGAAACCGUAUGUGUGCACCAAAUGUGGGAAGGCUUUCAGCCACAGCUCCAACCUGACCCUUCACUACAGGACACACCUGGUGGACCGGCCCUAUGACUGUAAGUGUGGGAAGGCCUUCGGUCAGAGCUCAGACCUCCUUAAGCACCAGCGAAUGCACACUGAAGAGGCCCCUUACCAGUGUAAAGAUUGUGGCAAAGCCUUCAGUGGCAAAGGCAGCCUCAUUCGCCACUACCGAAUACACACCGGGGAGAAGCCCUAUCAGUGUAAUGAGUGUGGGAAGAGCUUUAGUCAGCACGCGGGUCUUAGUUCUCACCAGAGACUCCAUACUGGAGAGAAGCCGUAUAAGUGCAAGGAGUGUGGGAAAGCCUUCAACCACAGCUCCAAUUUUAAUAAGCACCAUAGAAUCCAUACUGGGGAAAAGCCCUAUUGGUGUAGUGAUUGUGGGAAAACCUUCUGUAGUAAGUCCAAUCUUUCCAAACAUCAGAAAGUCCACACUGCAGAGGGAGAAGGGUCUUAACUGUCGGGUACGAUCUCUUGGUGGUUUUUGUUUUUCUAACUUUAGAACGUGAAUGUUAGAGACAGCCCAAUAAUUGCAGAGUUAACUAUGGAGUAGAUUUUGUUUGUUUGACUCAAUGUUAAGGGGAUGGAGUGAGAGCUCAGGCAGGGACAGGGUGGGUUCCUCACCUGCCUACCAAGUCACCGGGGCAGGGUCCCCUCACCACACUUCACGUCCCGUACACCAUGCCGGCAUUGCCUUCUGUAUAGUUACACUGCUUUGUGUCCAGUAUAAUUAAAGAAGAAGCAUUAGAACUGUUUAGCUGUUUUAGGAUAUACUCAAGAUUAUGACUUGUAAAGAAAUGAGCCAUGUUGAACACAGUUUAAUCUGAUUCAGAAUAAACUUAAAAGUUCUUGUAA